GAUUCUAUGCCCUAUGGUUCUGAGUAACAAAUUUUGCUGUUAACAGUCGCUGCUGUUAAUCUGCCUAGUUUUCUACACAAUUUAUAACCAUCAUAUUUAUUCUAGACUAUAAAAUCUUUGCUAAAAUCAUUCGUAACUCCUCGAAUCAUUUGAUUUGUGUGAAGAAUUAUUCGUGUACUAAACAGCACUCCCCCUUGUCAAAUGGUAAUUUGACACCCUGGCAAGUUAAACUGAAUAACACUCAAAGAUUAUAACACAUGUAAUAUAUCUGCUUACACCAUAUGGAUUGUAUUGUACGACUUCCAGAUAGUAGUAGAUUUGGCAUAGGUAAUUCGUGAUUUGGACAAUUUCUUAAUAAAUUUCUCAUAAACAUCAUUCUUCUCUGCUUCUGAAUGAGAAGAAAAAUGGAACAUUCUAUUGAAGAAGAGGCAGUACAUAUUGCUCAUGAUGGUGUGAAGUUAGAAGGAAAUUCCGGGAUUGUAGACGUUUUUGAACAAUUUAUAGAUGAAAAAGGAAUUCAUGGUAGAGAAGAAUAUAUAAUCAAGAAUGAAGAAAGUGACUCAUGUUUAUCAGAUACAAAAAUUGUUACAAAUCAAUCAUCAACUGCCUCUAUUACAAAUGAAUCAUCUCAAAUGUUAGAGACACUGAAAUACUCGGAAUCCCCUCAGGUGGAGAAGUGUACAACUCAAGUGGAUGAUUUUGAGACAAAUAAUGAAGAGAGCCGUACAAUACAUGCAAGAUCUUCUCAUUUGAAAAUUGAGAAUCACAAGUGUGCCUCAUGUGAUUACGUUACGAAUAAAAAAGAUGCCCUUGAAAAUCACAUUGAUUCUGUCCAUUUAAAUAUGGAGAAAAAUGAAUGUAACUUGUGUGGAUAUGCUGCAAGGUAUAAAAGUCAACUGAAAAAGCAUUUCAACCUUGUUCAUUUGAAUAUAAAAGAGCACUCGUGUCACAUCUGUGAUUAUGUUACGAGUAGUAAAGGAAACCUUCGAAAGCAUGUCGACGGUGUUCAUUUAAAUAUAAAAAAGCACAAAUGUAACUUAUGUGAUUAUGCUGGAAGUAGAAAAGGUGACCUUAAAAAUCAUGUCGACUCUAUUCAUUCAAACAUCAAGGAACAUAAGUGUCACUCAUGUGAAUAUGCUACAAAUAAGAAAAGUUCCCUCGACAGACAUGUAAAAUCUAUUCAUUUAAACAUUAAGGAACAUAAGUGUCAUAUAUGUGAUUACGCUACUAGUGUUAAAAGUCGCCUUGGUAUACAUAUAGGGUCAGUUCAUGUGAAAGAAUCUUCUCGUUUGGAACUCAAGUGUGAUCUAUGUGAGUUUGUUACAAGUAGAAAAGAGUACCUUAAGAAGCAUAUCAAAGCGGUUCAUUUAGAUAACAAGAGAUACAAGUGUCACUUAUGUGAAUAUGCUACAGGUGCAAAUAAGGAGCUGAAAAUACACAUAAAAUCGGUACAUUUAAAAAUUAUGGAACACAAGUGUCAUUUGUGUGAGCAUGUAACAAAUAUAAAAUAUGACCUUCGAAGGCAUAUCAACACGGUUCAUUUAAAAAUCAAGGAGCACAAAUGUCACUUAUGUGAUUAUGCUGCUCACGAAAAACACCACGUUGAAGCACAUGUAAAUUCUGUUCAUUUGAAAAUAAAGGAACACAAGUGUCACCUAUGCGAUUUUGAUACAACGAAUAAAAAUGUACUUCGAAGGCAUAUCAACGUGGUCCAUUUGAAUAUCAAGAAACACAAGUGUGAAUUAUGUGAUUUUGUAACAAGUGCGAAAGAUAGGUUGCGAAGUCACGUCGAUUCUGUUCAUUUGAAUAUCAAGGAGCACAAAUGUGACUUAUGCGAAUAUGCCGGAAAUAAGAAAUCUUCCCUUGACGAACAUAUUAAAACUGUUCAUUUGAAGAUAAAGGCACACAAGUGUGACUUAUGCGCAUAUGCUACAGGUCGAAGAAAAGACCUAAAAGUACACAUUAGAUCUGUUCAUUUAAAAAUUAACAAAUACAAAUGCCAUCUAUGUGAGUAUUCUACAAAUAGAAAAAGGGUACUUGAAAAGCAUGUUGACACUAUUCAUUUGAAAAUUAAUGAACACUAGUGUCUUAUGUGCGACUAUGUAACUAUCAAAAUUAUGUAAAAAAUCUAAAUAGCUAGUAACAAUAGUCAGUUAUGUGUCUAUACUACAAAUAAACUAUUUUUGUCUCA